AUGGAAGCCCGCCGCGUUUACCGCGGCCGUCGAUACGAUAUCAAGGCUGUUGACAUCGAGUCAACGCCUCCUCCAAAUGAGGCAGUGACUCUAAAAGAGAACACUGGAGUCUGUGACAUUGUCGUCAACCCUCCAUCGCAGAUGUGCGUUAUGGUUCUUCCAGAUGGGCCUUCCAUGCGUCGACACAUCCGACAGGAUCACUCUGGGGCUCGCGAGUACUCAUGGAUAUGCUGA